GGCUUUGGAAAACGAAAUAAUCAAAAAUAUCAGAGUAAUCAUCAGAUUAUGUUAACCAAAUUGUUUGUUAUCACAGCGAGUAAAUGGGACGCAAAGGCCACAAGACUAGAAAGAAAGUCAAAGUGCACUCGAAUGGCCAUCCUCCUCAGAAAAUUAAAGUAAAGCGGUUCCCAAGCAAUAAACGCACCCACAACCACUCGAAGUGUCCUCCUCGUCCAAGAGCUCAGAAAUCAAAGGUCUUCCACGACAACUGCUGCAAGUAUAAGAUCCGCACGAGGCCCUUGGGACGCUUUCAGCGCAACCUGGCCACCCAGUGCCCCUCCCGCACGAUCGCCCUCGCCCCCUCCGUGCCGCUCCUGCAACAUCCUGUCCGGCGGGAGGUAGUCCAUCUGCCGGACACCGUGGUCAUGCACAUGCGGAAUAUGGAGUACGCCCGCCGAGUGGCGGUUAGCAACAGAAGAACGCUUAUUCAAACCCAUGUUUCGGUGCCGGAGGAGGAGGAUGAGGAAGAUCCACACCGAAUAGAUCGGAGGUUAAGACAGGUCUACAGAAGAGGUCGCGAGAGACCCUUGUCCAGCCGGUUGGAUAUGGAUGACCCGUAUGAGUAGCAAUACUUGUCUAUUUGGAAAUAUAGGUACACUGCUAUUAAAUAA